AUCACAAGGACGUAUCGUCAUUGGUUGUUAUGUGCUACAGUUUGGUUAUUCAGAUUGAAAGGAUAAGUUAAUCGAUGAAACGGUAUUUAAAAAAAGCUCGAGUUCUGUGCAUCUUUUUCUUUCUCGUUAUUCUAUUUGGAGUAUGUUGGGUGGUACAUAACGGUAAUCAAUCUAUUGUACAAUAUCGGGCUGAUAUUAUUAACCUCUCCCGAAAGUAUGUCAAAGCUUUGGCCGAAACUCAGAAUGUGGGUUUUGAUGAUCCUUACAGCGCAGAGUUGACGGGAUAUGGUAUGUACUUUACUGUCAAGUCAGUAAAUUGUUCUUUUAUUAAUUUAAUCGUUAAUCCAAUAAAUUCAUGUUCGUAAUACAUUUAAUAGGUUUUCAUAUUAGAAUCAUCAUUAUUUGACAUAUAUCAUCACCAAAUCAUAAUAUCUGAUGUGUAUGUAAUAGUAUUCCGUGGAUUUAAGUUUCCCAUAUAUAAAAACUUCCUUGUAAAAUUUUCGGAUACUAUUCACACUAUCAUUCUUUCUUCCACCUGUUAAGAGAUGAUAAACCUUGUAUGUUAUAGAAAAUUUGCGUCAUCAAUACGGUAGAGAAAUCGAUAACUCUCUUCUAGUAUUCCUUUCAAAGUGAAAGAGUAUUACCAAACCGCUGCCAUCAGUCAGAACACUUUGAAUCUACUGUACGUUCAGUGUAAAUUCGUUAUCUGAAUCCUAGGUAUUUUAUUUUUCUCAAUAAUUUUAUGAGCUGUGUAUCGGAUUCUUUCUAAAGGGAAACAGUUACUUAGAAUUAACAUUACAGAUCAUGGAAGAAGACAAGUGAAAAGAAUUUACUUAAUGUGCUUGUUUUUCCUCAAUUUUAUGAUAGACUCAAAUUUAGUCAAAUGAAAGUUCCUCUGCAACAUUCUACAUCUCUUGUACGCCAUUUAGUUUUCAGUAGAAAGUAUAACCACUCUUUCUAAUCAAAUGAAAUCCAAUUUGAUCUGGAAAAGGUCAGUAAUAACUGUAAGACUUGCUUAUAAUUUUCCAAAUUAUCACGAAUCACUUUCACUGGUUGACGGUUAGUUAACUUUCUCACUGUUAAUGCUUAAUUUAUGGAGAUCCAUGAAAUUAAUAAUUAAGAUUUGAUUGGUUGUUUUAAAAUUGAUCCCAGUGUGUAGUUACACUAGUCUUCAAAUAUUAGGUUGUGGUUCUGCAAACAGUACACGAGUUUGUAUUCAGCUAUAAAGCAAUGGAAAAUAUUUAUAGCUGAGAGAUCACGACAAUUCCGAAUAUAAGGUUGUAUCAAUGAAAUAGUUGAAUUCUAAAGGACAGUUACUUUGUAUUCCUUUCGAUUUCAGUGGUUGUACGUUGACGUUUACUUCAAAUGUAAAGAUAUUUUGUACCUUUUUUUAAAUUGACUAAAUUUAAUAAGUGAUUAGUUUCAUUUGAUCUUUGGGCCACUUAUAUUUUUCUCCCUGUUUUCAGACUUAAAGAAAACAUUGGCCGUUAUUCUAGACGACGUGCUACGUCGUAUUGACCAGAUAGAAUCAAAACUCUCUAAUUUAACGAACUCAUCUCCUGAAGUAACUAGACAUUAUUCCGAAUCUAUAAACUCGGCACCAUUUGUACCUCAUACUGCUCGAGGUUUGAAAAUGAAUAAUAAUGAGAAAUCAAACUACAAAAAGAUUAACUAUUUGGAUCUUCUACAAGAUGCACAAGAAAACUGUGUUGUUCAAGCUAGAGAACUACCACUAUACCCGGAAUGUUUUUCAAAGAUUGAAUGGUUGCGAACCCGUUGGGGAACUCAUUCAUGUUAUGUUGAGUUAGGAAUCGAUGGAUCAGAAUGUUCACUUAUCCGGUAUCUUAGUGAAGUUGAAAGUUUCUGUCCACGAUUGGAUAGCAGAAAAUUUCUGAAACGUCAUAGUGAAGCUCAGAUAACUCGAGAUCUUAAUGGUUUGCUUGGCAUAUUAUCCUUAGCUAAAAAUCAUUUAUUAUCGAAAUCGUUUAUGACUACACGGCUAAAACGUAUGUGGCCUGAUUGGUUAGCAGGAAUUCAACAUUAUAUAAAUGGAGUUAAUUUUUCACAAGCUGAUUAUUCAUCAUUGGAUCAGUGUAAAUUUUGUUCGCCUGAUGAUAUAGCUUGUGCAGAUAUUUGUCAGUCUACCAAACUAAUAGGUCAGCCGUUUUUAUUUGGAAGACCGAAGCUCAAUAUUCUACUCUAUAUGGGAUUUUUAUCGAAUGAUUUUUAUAAGAAUUCUUUCGAAUCAUAUAUCUCUAAAGGUGGUCCCCUUGGUGAACUUGUUCAAUGGACUGAUCUCAUAGGUGCCCUCUAUAUUCUUGGACACAACAUAACAAUUACUUUUGAAGCUGUUGAAGCAAAAUUAAAAUUGUUGCAUCCCUACUCAAAUUCCAUACCUUGUCAGGUAGAAAAUAAUAAAUACGAUUUAAUAUACACGGAUAUUAUAGGAUUUAGAAAUUUGAAAGGAAUGAACAUCCGGACUCCAUUAUGUAAAUUUCGUAUAUUGGAUACAUUUGGAACAGAAGCUCUUUAUAAUCGUAAAAAAGAACUUUGGAGUGGAUUACAUUUGAAUUUACAGCAAUUCUAUACAUUUUUCCCUCAUUCACCGGAUAAUACAUUUCUGGGUUUUGUUGCUGAAAUACUUCCACCCAAAUCUAAAUUCUCUCAUCAAUCAUCAUUUAAACCUGUUGCUCUUGUCUACGGAAAAGAGGCUUAUAUGUGGUCUAAUAAAACAAAUUAUUUGAGAAUUUUAUCUGAUUACUUUGAAUUACAUGGAAAUGUGAUGGAUAACGUUGAUAAGUUGCCAAAAUUUGUGUAUAUACAUCAAAUGCAAUAUGGUCAACCAUAUUUAGAGUUAAUGUCGAAAGCUCAAAUUAUGAUUGGAUUGGGAUUUCCUUACGAAGGUCCUGCGCCUUUAGAAGCAAUCGCCAAUGGUCUUAUUUUUCUUAAUCCUCGUUUUGAUCCGCCUCACGGUAGAAGCAGUCAAGCAUUUUUUGCUCAUAAACCUACUUCACGUUCUCUUACCAGCCAACAUCCGUACAUAGAAAAUCACAUCGGUGAACCUUACUCAUAUUUGGUUGAUAUGGACAAUGAAACACAGAUACGCUUAACUAUCAAACGUAUUCUGACCAACAUUUCUAACGGAACCUAUCGUCCUCACGAAUAUAGUCCGUGGGGUUUACUCGAACGCCUUAAUGCUUAUUUGACACGCCAAAAUAUCUGCGCCGCACCUUUUUACAAAAACUUGAUCCAGUCUCCAUUGCCGAUAACAAAAGCUGAUGCGCCUCCUAAAUUUAACUACCUAGAUGUCCCUAGCACUACUGUUUCAUGGCCUCCAGCAUCAAGUUUGAAGAUAGUUUUGGGAUCUCGUGGUAAAUCUUGUGCAGAUGUGUGUAUAAAUCUGGGAACUUCAGAACAUACUUUAUUACUGCCUCCCGAUAUUUCUGCUUACUCCAUUCGCAACAAAACACAACAUCCCCAAAUACAGAAUGGCUACCUCUACUAUCGUUCUAUUCACACUACGCCUUCGCAAAACUUGUCUUAUCUUUAUGCAUUUCGCUGUUCUCCAGAACACUUUCCAAGUGUUAAUCAUCGACUAAACCUUCAACAUCUCGGUGUUUCUUGUCCUAAUAUUACUUACACAACUAGUCCAAUGGCACCAUAUUGGGACGAUGCAACAAGUUCAUGUGUUUUUCAAGCUAAUCAUGAAUGGUUUGACUGUACUGCCUCGGGGACUCUUAAUGGAUCUGAUGUAUUUUCUCGUUUUUGUCCUUGUCGUGAUGCUAUUCCUAACCAGAUUUCUUUAUGUUCUAACUGUUUGUGACAAAAUAUUCUAUUCCUUAAUGAUCAUAUGUAUAGAAAAUUAUACAAGCUACAUUUAUACUUUCACCUUCCCGUCCGGUUGUAUAUGAAUCGUAUUAUGUACUUUCUUUAACAUUUUAAGUGUACGGUGAAGCACUGAAUAUUUGAUUGUUAUUUUCUGUCGAAAAGCAUUUUUCCCAUUUCAGUCUGCAACAUUAAUAUAUUUACUAAUAACUGCAUUUUAAUUUGUAUUUACUUCCUAUAAAUUCUAGUCUACGAACUUUUUUCUGUUGUAAAGUCUUAAUUCCUUCAGAUUUUUUCGUUUUUGAAUCUAAUUGUAGAUUUCUUUUCAUGCUUGUACAACGCAUUUUCGAACUAUAUAGAAUAAUAUUGUUGUGUGUUAGG